AUGACUAGAAAUAAGGUGAAGCUUGAGUACAUAACCAAUGACUCAUCAAGGAAGGCAACUUUCAAGAAGAGGAAGAAGGGGUUGCUAAAGAAGGUGGAAGAGCUAACAACCCUAUGUGGGGUGGAAGCAUGUGCCAUUAUUUGCAGCCCAUACGACACGUAUGCCGAGGCUUGGCCGAGCAAGUCCGGAGCACGAAAUGUGUUGGCGAGGUUCAUGAGCCUCUCUCAUGAGAAACAAGGGAAGAAGAUGUUGGAUCAGGAGACGUACUUAGGGCAAAGGGUCGUGAAAGCAGAGCAACAAUUGGAGAAGUUGAUGAAGGAUAACAGGGAAAGGGAGAUCACUAAAGUCAUGUAUGAAUGCUUGAAUGGGGUGAGGAGCCUUGAAGGGUUGAAUUUGGAGGAUACCAUGGAUCUUUUUGUGGUGGCUGAUAAGACUUCAAAGAUGGUUGCUAAGAGGAUUGAAAGCCUUCAGAAAAAUGCAGGAAAUAAUAAGUGAUUUUGCAUGCAUGCACAAUUUUAUAAAAGUGGCAAUAUUAAUAAUAUUUUAUGUGGUUCGGGGGAGGGGAAUUAGUCACUUUAUUGUUAGUUUGUUUG